GGGUUUUCUAAGAGGACCCAGCUGUAGUUUUGGUCCGUUUGCAGAGUCCACCCAGGCCGGUGUGGUUCCUGUAACGGUGAACCCUGGAUGAGCAGUGAGUCCUCUGUGAGAGCGGAGGACAGGAGGAGGGACCGGCCGUGGACAUGACGGACCCAGCGGGACCACAGGACCAGGACCAGGGCCAGGACCAGGACCAGGGGGUCUCAGAUAGGAAGGCCAGUACGGACUACCACCGCGGACCGGGUCGCCAGUGCAGCGUCCAGAAGGGCCUGGGGAAGGGCUCAGUGUCCAACGCUGACGGCUUUGAGGACUUUGAAGAGUUUGUUCUGGACUUUGAUGAUUAUGACCUCCUGGAGUCCAUCCACAGCCAGCUGGGCUCACCCCUGGAGCCCAUCCGGCACAGGUUCGACGACAACCCUGGGAUGAGACGUCACCUGGUGAAGAAGUCGUCUCGAUGUCAGGUGACCCGGACCAGUAACAGCUCCACCCCCCUGUCCAGCCUGAAGAAGAAGAAGAGAGCAGCCGACAAGAAGACCCAUGAGUUGUUUGUGGAACUCAAUGAGCUGAUUGUGGAGAAGGACCAUGAAAUGCGCUGGAAGGAGCGAGCCCGUUGGAUCAAGUUUGAGGAGGAUGUGGAGGAGGAGACGGAGCGCUGGGGGAAACCUCAUGUAGCGUCACUGUCCUUCAGAAGUCUGCUGGAGCUGCGCCGCACCAUCACACAUGGAGCCGUUCUUCUGGAUCUGGAGCAGAACUCUUUGCCUGGUAUCGCUCAUCUGGUGGUGGAGACCAUGAUCAUCUCAGAUCAGAUCAGAGCCGAGGACAGAGCCAGUGUUCUGAGAGCUCUGCUGCUCAAACACAGAUCUGAUGUGUAA